AUGGCGAACUACCUCGCCUCCAUUUUCGGUACGGAGCAAGACAAGGUUAACUGCUCAUUCUACUACAAGAUUGGCGCGUGCCGCCACGGUGACCGUUGCUCGCGCAAGCAUGUCAAGCCUUCCUACUCUCAGACCAUCCUCAUGCCGAACAUGUACCAGAACCCCGGAAUCGAGAACAAGGGCAAGAUGAACGCUAUGCAGCUGCAGAACCACUUUGAUGCGUUUUACGAAGAUGUCUGGUGCGAGCUGUGCAAUUUCGGCGAACUGGAGGAAUUGGUCGUCUGCGACAACCACAAUGAUCAUCUCAUCGGGAACGUGUACGCCCGCUUCAAGUACGAAGAAGACGCCCAAUCCGCGUGCGACAAUUUGACCAACCGUUGGUAUGGCGGUCGUCCGAUCUACUGCGAACUUUCUCCGGUUACCGACUUCCGGGAGGCCUGUUGCCGCUUGAACAGUGGGGAAGGUUGUGUCCGUGGUGGUUAUUGCAACUUCAUCCACCGAAAGGACCCCUCUCCGGAGAUGGACCGCGAGAUCCGACUCAGCACCAAGAAGUGGCUUCAGGAGCGGGGCCGUGACCCCCGCAGCGUUAGUCGCAGCCCAAGCCCUGAGCCUACUCGUCGUCGUUAUUAG